CUGUUGAGUUGAGCCGGGUGCUGUUGUGUUUCGCUUGAAUAGGCAAGAAAAGAAUACAAGCCAAAGAGAUUCACAGACACAGAUUAGAUUAGAAAACGGGAGAGAGUGGUAAUGAUGAUGCUCAAGUUGAUGAAAGGAACAAAAUUUAUAUGGUCUUUUUGAGAUGGGUAAAUUAUUAUUGUUAUUAUUCUUCACCAACUCCAAGCUACCAUUGUCGUUGAGUCGCUGCUUUCACUUGGGAUCCAAGUCUCCUUUCAUCGCCAUCACCAAUUCGCCUUCCUUUUUGCGCUUCUCGAAGCGCACUUCCCGACCAUGAACCUCUCCCUUAAACCCUUUAUUGGAUCUCCCUCGCAGAUCCUUCUUCAUUUUUUCCACCUGCGUUUCAUCUCCCUCAUCCCUCUUUCUCAUGGACCCGACCACUCGCCCUGCUGUUGUCAUGGACAAUGGCACCGGGUAUACUAAAAUGGGUUUUGCUGGAAAUGUAGAGCCUUGUUUUAUUUUACCUACUGUAGUAGCUCUAAACGAUUCGUUUCUUAAUCAAUCCAGAACUUCAAAAGCGAAUUGGCUUGCGCAGCACAGCGCGGGUGUUAUGGCCGAUCUAGAUUUUUUCAUUGGAGAAGAGGCGUUUGCCAAGUACAGAUCGAGUAGUAUUUAUAAUCUUCGCUAUCCUAUUGAACAUGGCCAAGUUGACAAUUGGGACGCUAUGGAAAGGUACUGGCAGCAAUGCAUAUUCAAUUAUUUACGAUGCGAUCCAGAGGAUCAUUACUUUCUUUUGACCGAGAGCCCGCUUACUGCACCGGAGAGUCGCGAAUACACCGGUGAGAUUAUGUUCGAGACAUUUAACGUCCCUGGGCUUUAUAUUGCGGUUAAUUCGGUGCUGGCUCUAGCGGCUGGGUACACAACAUCUAAGUGUGAGAUGACAGGGGUUGUGGUGGAUGUUGGAGAUGGGGCUAGUCACGUUGUACCUGUUGCUGAUGGUUAUGUUAUUGGGAGCAGCAUUAAGUCCAUUCCUAUUGCUGGAAAAGACGUCACACUCUUUAUCCAACAGCUGAUGCGGGAAAGAGGAGAGAAUGUACCACCAGAAGAUUCAUUUGAUGUAGCUCGACGGGUGAAGGAAAUGCAUUGCUACACAUGUUCAGACAUUGUGAAGGAGUACAACAAGCAUGACAAAGAACCAGCCAAGUAUAUUAAGCAAUGGAGAGGUAUUAAACCCAAAACAGGGGCACCAUACUCCUGUGACAUUGGCUAUGAACGAUUUCUUGGCCCUGAGGUAUUCUUUAAUCCAGAGAUUUAUAGCAGUGACUUCACCACUCCUUUAUCAGCUGUAAUAGACAAGUGCAUUCAGUCUGCACCAAUUGAUACAAGGAGGGCUUUGUACAAGAAUAUAGUGUUAUCUGGGGGAUCAACCAUGUUCAAGGACUUUGGUAAAAGGUUGCAAAGGGAUCUGAAGAAGAUUGUGGAUGCAAGGGCUCUUGCUUUUGAAGCUAAACUGGAUGCUGGAGUAAAAUCACAACCAGUGGAAGUUAAUGUAGUCAGUCAUCCCAUCCAGAGAUUUGCUGUUUGGUUUGGAGGUUCAGUUCUCGCAUCAACACCUGAAUUUUUUUCUGCUUGCCACACAAAAGCAGAAUACGAGGAAUAUGGAGCAAGCAUAUGCCGCAGCAAUCCUGUUUUCAAGGGAAUGUAUUAAUGCAAAGUUCUGAUUUGCCAGAUGAUUCGAUGGGCAUUCAGAUGCCAAUGUUCCUUGCAAAGACAUUAUUUUGCACUCCCAUAAAUAGCCUCAGUUCGCUUCCCUGUUACAUCUCUGUAUGGUGUUCAUCCAUAUUAAUGGGUAGUAAGAGGCAGUGUAAAGUAUUGAUUCUCAAUCUACAAGCUAACAGAGAAGAUGGGUUUCUUGUACUGAUUCUUUCAUUGGUUCUCCCUCAAAGUCUAUAGGGUGGAGGUCAAUUAUGUUGCUAGAAACUGUCAUUUAGUACACACAGUUGAGCUGAAAUUUUAGUCUUCAGUUCAGUUAGAUUAUGAUAAUCUCCAUUUUUCCUUUUCCUUAUUGUUUUGUGAAUGAUUAUAACACCAUAAUAUAAAUUUCAUUCGUUUGUA